UGUAAAUACAAAUGGGCCGAACACAUCUUAUCUCUCUCUCUCUCUUCGGCUCCCGGCGAAGCGAUUCACUUCCAUGGCGGCAGAGCAGAAUGCUCCUCCGAUGCAGCCUCCGGGUACGGAUAUGACCGUUAUUAGUUUCAGGGAUCAGCUAUGGAUCAAUUCGUACCCUCUUGACCGUAACUACGUCUUCGACUACUUCGCUUUGUCUCCGUUUUACGAUAUCACCUGCAACAACGAGAUGCUUCGUAGGAGAUCCAUUCACCCUCUCGACCGCUCUCACCUCUCGAAGAUGACAGGACUAGAAUAUGUGAUCAGGAUGUCUUGGAGCAAGAUCUUGGCACUGGAUUUGAGCCCUGGUAUUGAAAUGCAUCCUGGUCUAACUUUCUUGCUCGACGAGGAGAAGAAAGUCGUCAUGAUUUGUGAGACCUGGUAUAACUUCGAAGACGAGCCCGGAACCAGGAGCAACGACAUGAUAUACAUUGUUGGGGAGGACAAUGAAGUCACAGUAAAGGAUUUUGGAAUAGAUACACUUGAUGGAUGUGUGCCAGUUAUUCUUGAUUAUGUGCCAAGUUUGGCUCGAAUCGAGCGAGCUGGAGGCAAAAAGAAAAGAAUGUAA